AUCAAAUAACAGCGGUGUCUAGAUCAUGGACCAGACAGAAGAAAGGUUUUAAUCUGGUUGGGCUCAUAUACUGUAGGGUGAAAAAUAUAUAUAUUGGAUACGACAUUCGAUAUUUGUUUUAAAGCAGAUAGUUUGUGACCCUACGCAUUUCAAAGAGGAAGCAAGAUGUUGAACGUUAUUACACGCUGAACAAUUGUCGGAAAAUUUCUACUGGUUGAACCGUUAACUGCGGGUUUCUGAAACGAUCUGUCGAACCCAAACCAGAUUGGAUGUGAUUUAGCCCUAUUCUGGUGGGCGACAUUUGUAAAUACGAGCCAAAUGAUGUCCGGAAAGUAUUUCAAGGCUCAUGAAGUCAGUUGCUGUAUCAAAUAUUUCAUAUUUGGAUUCAAUAUAAUAUUUUGGUUACUUGGAGUGGCAUUCCUUGGCAUAGGGCUUUGGGCAUGGAGCGAGAAGGGUGUGCUCUCCAACAUCUCGUCCAUCACAGACCUGGGGGGCUUUGACCCCGUCUGGCUCUUCCUGGUGGUGGGAGGAGUUAUGUUUAUCCUUGGCUUUGCCGGCUGCAUCGGAGCACUGAGGGAGAACUCUUUCCUUCUCAAGUUUUUCUCUGUGUUCCUGGGGAUCAUCUUCUUCCUGGAGCUGACAGCUGGAGUCUUGGCCUUCGUCUUCAAGGACUGGAUAAAGGACCAACUCAACUUCUUCAUCAACAACAACAUCCGGGCGUACCGGGAUGACAUUGACCUACAGAAUCUCAUAGAUUUCACCCAAGAAUACUGGGAGUGUUGUGGAGCCUUUGGGGCAGACGACUGGAACUUGAACAUCUACUUCAACUGCACUGAUUCCAACCCAAGUCGCGAGAAGUGCGGAGUCCCCUUUUCAUGCUGCACCAAAGACCCCGCAGAGGAUGUCAUUAACACCCAGUGUGGCUACGACAUUCGGGCUAAAGCGGACUCGGAGCAGAUGACCUUUAUCUACAUCAAAGGCUGUGUGCCUCAGUUUGAGAAGUGGCUUCAAGACAACCUGACAGUGGUGGCAGGGAUCUUCAUAGGAAUUGCUUUACUACAGAUUUUUGGGAUCUGUUUAGCACAGAAUCUAGUGAGCGACAUUGAAGUAGUGAGAGAGAGUUGUUUGUUUACCUGAAACAUCUCAAGCAAACAAAAGGUUGUAACGAAGAUCUCUUGAGUUUUGCCACCUUCUAAAGGGAGACGAUCAGGACACUUGAGAAAUGUACAAAAUGAAGAGUCUCGCUGCUUCCUUUAUGCUCUGUAUAUAAUACUUUUGUAAGAAUUUGUUUUUAUAUGUCUCACUGAUGCAGUGUCAAACACUGCCUGGAAGGGUCGUGUACAAAGCCAUAUGUAUACAUAUGUGUAUAUAAGGGAGCCAUACAUAUGUAUCUAUAUGGCUCUGGUCAUGUACAGUAUAGAGCUGAGGUCGUUCUGUAAAUGCGCUGCAUGCCUAUUCAUAGGGCAUUCGUUCUCCUACCUGUAUUCUUUAUUGUUAUAAUGUCUGAUGUAUUGUACAGUAUAAGUCAGAUUACCAGUAUGGAGUGAAUUGGCUGGGUAGCACUUUGCACACUGUGUUAUAAAGCCUGCAUAGCUGUAGCAGUAACAUGUAUUGUAAUGUCAUGCUAUACUGUGUGAAGUGUCAUAAAUUGGUUUAGGGACAGGUCCCUAAACCAAUUUGUGACACUUCACACAGUAUAGCAUGACAUUACAAUAUCAUGCAGCAAUUUGGGAUCUUUAGUAAGUUACAUUUAAAUUAAUGACUGUGUUUUGUGAUGUCGUUGGUCAUAAAGUGACAUGAUGAACUAUCAUUAGGUAAUGUGCUUGGUGUCAUGUCAUGGCAGAAUUCAUCUAUGCUUCAUGAAGUUUGAGUCUCGUAAUUAAGUGUUUCAGUUUCUAAAGAGGGAACAAGUUUUAAAGAGUAUUCGUUUUGCUAAUACCACACACAUUCUGUCUAUUGACUAGCAAUAAGAAGACUAGCAAGAACCAUGAACUAACUCUAUUUCAGCCACAAGUGUUGUAUUUCAUUGUUGUGUUCAAUUUAUAACAGUUGCCCCAUAAAGGUGAGGUAUCAAAACCCAA